AUGCUAUUUUACACUGGGCUGCCAAGCUACAACCACUUCAAGAAACUUCUGGUCUACUUGAACCCCGGUGAUGAUGGGUGCAACGUUCUACGUUCAGAACGUGCAGAAAGCAGUGAACCCAGAUCAUCGCGAGGGCGUAAGAGAAAACUAAGCACGGAAAAUGAGCUGUUUUUGGUGCUAGUCCGACUGCGCCUCGGCCUGUUUGAAGAUGACUUGGCUCACAGGUUCUGCAUUGCCCAGUCAACUGUGUCCCGAAUAUGCACAUCGUGGAUUAACUACCUGUAUGCCAAACUAGGCCUGUUACCUCUGUGGGCUCCUAGAAGAAUUGUAGAUGCUACAAUGCCACCCGAGUUUAAGGAAAAGUAUUCAUCGACUCGAGUAAUCCUGGACGCCACGGAAACACAGUGCGAGGUGCCAUCAUCCUUGUCCCUACAGUCUACAACGUACUCCCCAUACAAGUCGAGCAACACAUUCAAGGGACUCAUCGGCGUCCUGCCUAAUGGCCUUGUCGCCUUUGUGUCAGAGCUUUUCACAGGAUCCAGCUCAGACAGAGAGUGUGUGAUCAGGAGUGGUUUUUUGGACUUGAAGUUUGACGACGAAGAUGCUGUUAUGGCAGAUAAGGGCUUUCGCAUCGAAGACCUCUUGGAAAAAAAUGGAGUGAAAUUGAACCUGCCGCCGUUCCUGAAGGGUGGCACAUUCUCGCCUGAGGAAGUGAAAUCUACAAAGGAGAUUGCUGCUUUGCGGAUACACGUGGAGCGGCGGAUACAGCGGAUAAAUGCAUUCCACAUUUUUGAUAGACCCAUACCGUUAACCUUGGCUCCACUGAUUACCCAAAUUUGGACUGUGACGGCAAUCCUGAGCAACUUCCAGUCUUCUCUCAUUCAACAGUCGAGUGGCAAACCGCAACAAGAGCCUUAG